AUGAGCUUAUAUAGAUUCUCAGUUGCCAAUCAAAAAAAAGUAGAAGAAAAAAUUAAUCAAUUUAAAAACGACAAAGAUCUAUUAGCAUUAAGAUCCUUUAUAAAUGAAACAGUUGAGCAGGAAUUUAGCGAAAAAUCAGAACAAGAUCUCGUUUUAAAGACAUUUGAAAAAGUAUUGGGCAAAAUUGAAAUUCAAACCGAAAAUACUAGAGCAACAAACAAUACAGAAUAUAAGAUAGAAGUUCCUCCAAAGGAUUUGUAUUUCACAAAAAAGAAUCUAAUUCAAAAUUUGAAAGAAGAAACAUUGAAGGAAAGAAACGACAUUCUUAAUGAUUAUGCAAGAAAAUUACUCAAACGUGAAGAGAUUUCAGCAGAAAAAACCUACGUAAGACAAUUAAUGGAUUUGAUCUCUGUUAUAGAUUCGCAAAACUUUACAAUAACACAUGGAAACAGGCCACCAAGCUGA